AUGGAUCAUUUGCUUACAACCCAAGCUGAAUCAAUGGAAAACAUGAACAGUGUAACAGAAUUCAUCCUGCUGGGUCUGACCCAGAAUCCAGAACUGCAGAAAGUCUUAUUUGCUGUGUUUUUAAUCCUCUACUUGAUCACAUUGUCAGGUAACCUGCUCGUCUCAGUCACCAUCUUCAUCAGCCCAGCCCUGGGCUCACCCAUGUACUUUUUUCUGUCCUGUUUGUCCAUUAUAGAUGGUUUAUACUCUUCUUCCAUAGCACCCAAAAUGAUCUUUGACUUGAUCUCUGAGAAGAGCACCAUAUCCUUGAAUGGCUGCAUGACUCAGCUCUUUGCUGAACAUUUCUUUGCUGGAACUGAGAUCAUUGUGUUAAUUGUCAUGGCCUAUGACCGCUAUGUAGCCAUCUGUAAGCCCGUGCACUAUAUGAUCAUCAUGAAGAGACCUGUGUGUGGUUUCCUGGUGGGAAUGGCUGUAGUUUUAGGGUUUCUUCACGGAGGGAUCCAGAUUUUGUUCAUGAUCCAGUUACCAUUCUGUGGCCCCAAUGUCAUUGACCAUUUUAUGUGUGAUAUAAUACCUCUUCUGGAGCUGGCCUGCACAGACACUCACACUUUGGGGCCUCUGAUUGCUGCCAACAGUGGGUCUCUCUGUUUGAUCAUUUUUUCUAUGCUGGUUAUUUCCUAUGUCCUCAUCCUAUGCUCCCUGAGGACACAUAGCUCUGAAGGGCAUCACAAAGCCCUAUCUACUUGUGCCUCUCAUGUCACUGUUGUCAUCUUAUUCUUUGUACCUUGUUCAUUUCUGUACCUAAGACCUGUGACCUCCUUCCCUGCUGACAAAGCUGUGACUGUGUUUUGCACCAUAGGAACUCCUAUGUUGAACCCUUUGAUCUACACCCUCAGAAAUACAGAAAUGAAAAAUGUCAUGAAGAAACUCUGGGGGCAAAUAAUGAAAACCGGAGCUAAAUAA